UUUUACUUAGGUUUUGUGUUAUGAGUCAUUUUCCUCAUGUCAGUUUGGAGGUGUGCAGAUUUUCGGUGUUUUUUUAUUUGUGGUAAAACAUAAAGUGUAUCAUUUAAACCAAUUUUAAGUGUGCAGUUCAGUGGCAUUAAGUACAUUCACAUUGUUGUGCAACCAUCAUCACCAUCCAUCCAUCUCCAAAACAUUUUUAUAUUCACAAACUGAAUCGCCAUUAAUCAGACUUCACAUUCCCCACCCUUCCCCCAGCCUCCAGCAACCACCAUUCUACUUUGUCUAUGAAUUUCACUAUUCUUGGUACCCCCUAUAAGUGGAAUCUUUAAAUACUUGAACUUUUGUGUCUGGCUUAUUUCACUUUACAUCAUGUCUUCAAGAUCCUUCUUUGUUGUAACAUAUGUCAGAAUUUCCUUCCUUUCUAAAGCUGAGUAAUAUUCCAUUGUAUGUUUGUACCACAGUUUGUUUAUCCAUUUUAAUCUGUUAAUGGACAGAUGGGUAGUUGCUAUAAAUAUGAGUGUACAAAUUGCUCAGUUCCUUGCUUUCAAUACUUUGGGGUAUAUACCCAGAAAUGGAAUUAGUGGAUCACAUCAUAAUUCUGUGUUUAAUUUUUUGAGGAACUGCCAUACUGUUUUCCACAGCAAUAGCACCAUCUCAUAUUCCAACUAGUAAUGCACACAGAUGCCAAUUUCACAACCUCACCAACACUUACUCUUUUCUGGUUUUCUGAUAAUAACCAUCCUAAUGGAUAUAAAGUGAUACUUCAUUGUAGUUUUUAUUUGCAUGUCUCCGAUGACUGCUGGCAUUGAGCAUCUUUUCAUGUGUUUAUUGGCCACUUAUAUAUCUUCUUUAGAGAAAUGUCUGCUGAAGUCCUUUGUCCAUAUUUUAGUUGGGUGUUUUGUUGUUAAGUUGUAUGAGUUUUUCAUAUACUCUGGAUAUUAAUCCCUUAUCAGAUACAUGAUUUGCAAGUAUUGAUAUUUUCUCCUGUUCUGUAGGCCUUCUCAUUUUUUCUUUCUUUUUUUUUGUUUUUUGUUUUUUUUUUGUUUUGUUUUUAAAGUGCACAGAAGUUUUUAAUUUUGAUGAAGUCCAAAUUACCUAUUUUUUCUUUUGGUGUCAUAUCCAAGAAAUCAUUGCCAAAUCCAAGAUUAUGAUCCAGAAUUAUUUCAUGUCUUCUAAGUUUUAUGAUUUUAGUUCUUACAUUUAGGCCUUUGGUCUGUUGUAAGUUAAUUUUUUGUAUAUGGUAUAAGGUAAGGGAUUGGUUUUUCCAUGUGAUAUUCAAUUUUCUGAGUACCAUUUGUUGAAUUUUUUUUAAAGCAAUUUUUUCUAGUGUGAUUUUUGUUGCUUAGGGACAACUCUUCUUUUUUCUUACAGUAUCUUUGUGUGACCUAAAUACCUUUUGUCAUACUCACUUUUUUGAAAGAUUAGUUUCCUGAGCUUUAAGUAGAUGUAUUUCAGAGGAGCUUUUCUAAUUUCACGGUUAUUUUGUGUAAUGUUCAGAAAUGUAGCAGAUUGCUUUCCAGGGUUUCCUGGCUGUGUUCCCCUCCCUCAUUUUUAUCUUCAUUUUGCCUUGUACCUAUCCUGACAGUUUUGCUUUUUGUUCCCAUAGGAUUUUCUUCAGUAUGGAGUCCUGGAAGAUAGCUUUGGGAGAUCAGUUUCGAAAGUUCAUAGACAUUAAUUUCAAGCCUUUAAGCCUUACUCUAGGCGUCCUGCAUUCAUCCACUUAACUGGACUUGCCAGAAUUUUUCCCCGGUUUAGCUGCUGUUCUUGAUUGGCCUACCAUGAUUUCCAGUGGAUACCUGUUGGCUCCUUUGAGUUUCUUGUUAUCAAGCCCAGCACAUGCCCCAUUACUUCCCUUUCUUUAUUGCUUAGAUGCUAAUACUGUAGAUACUGUGAUUACAGUAAUCUGUUUUCUCCUCAUCCAUUUGUAUUUUGGAAUUUCCUUGUCAGGUGAUUUGGUUAUGAACAUCCAUAGGUUCUUGGUUUUGCUAUUUUGUUAUUCUGAUUUUCUGUGGAGAUUCAGGUAAACAUGGUGGAUGAUCCAUCUGGAAGAGUUUGAUAGACAUAUAAAAACAUGUGAUAUUCCUGAUAGAUUUUUUUCAAAUUGAUUCUUAAAAGAACUCCAGAAAGUUUAAAAAAGCUUUAAUGUCAUUUUGAAACAUGGCGCUCUUUACGUCUGAUUACGUGUGUUGAAUGUAUUGACUGUAUCUUAUACAAGUCUUUAUAAAGUCGUAAUGAAGCAGCUAUUUUUCCCCAAAAAAUUGUGAUUGUAAAAUAUUCAAAUAAUUCAAACCUUUUUUUGUGCGCACACACAUACUUGUAUCUACUAGUCUUUUUUAAUUAUUUAUUUAUAUAUUAUUUUAUUGUCUGUAUUAGGUCUUUUAUUUUUGCUGUGUGCGGGCUUUCUUUUUAGUUGCGGUGAGUGGGGGCUACUCUUCCUUGCCGUGUGCGGGCUCCUCGUUGCCAUGGCUUCUCUUGUUAUGGAGCUCGGGCUCUAGGCGCGUAGGCUUCAGUAGUUGCAGCACAUGGGCUCAAUAGUUGUGGCGCACGGGCUCUAAAGUGCAGGCCCAAUAGUUGUGGCACACGGGCUUAGUUGCUCCGCGGCAUGUAGGAUCCUCCUGGAGCAGGGAUCGGACCCGUGUCCCCUGCAUUGGCAGGCGGAUUCUCAACCACUGCGCCACCUAGGAAGCCCUGUAUCUACUAGUCUUGAUAGUUCAUAUGCUUCUAUGGUGGCUUUAGCUCAUUUGUCCCAGGACUAAGAAAGUAUUUUAUACAAUUUGGUAAUGUAGUAAUUCUAAACUAAGCGUGGUCUAUAGAAUAGAGCAGAUUUUUACGUUAACAAAUAUGCAGAGUGUUUGCAUUAGCCAGGGCACACCAAGGUCUCUGUAUGAAGACUGACUGUAUGUAAUUUAUAAACUGAUUUGAGGGCAGAACAAAGAUGUUUUUAGUACAUAAAAUUGUUCACAGUAAUUUUUUUAAAGUGAAGCUGAAAUUAGAUCACUGUACAUUCUACUAUAAACAUGUAUAUACAUUCUAGGGAAUGAGGAAGAUGAUAGAAACAUCCUUACCACCCCACAACAUUUGGGGACAUAAACUUAAUAUUUUAUACUUAAAGUUAUGGUUCUGGUUGUAAAGCUGGCAUGUUAAGUACUCUGUGUAUGUCAUAUUUAAGGAAAUAGAUGUAAUAUGAACUGAUAGGCACAGAAGUUUCUUUUGAUAGUAAUGAAAAUAUUAUACCUUAAAAUUCACCCAUUUAGAAUGUGCAAUUCAAUGGGUAUAUUUACAGAGUUGUGCAGCCCUUAUCACAAUCUAAGUUUAUAAUACUUUUAUCACCCCAAAAAGAAACCCCGUGCCCAUUAACAGUUCAUUGAUUUUUCUUCCUCUCCCAAUCCUAGACAGCCAUCCUGUGUCCCUAUAGAUUUGCCUAUUGUGGACAUUGCAUAUAAAUGGAAUUAUGCAAUAUAUGGUAUUGCACCUAGCAUAAUGCUUCCAAGAUUCACCCAUGGUGUAGCAUAUAUCAGCACUUCAUUCCUUUUUAUUGCUGAGUAAUAUUCCAUUCAUCAUGUGGAUAUUCCUCAUUUUAUUUGUCCAUUCAUCAGUUUAUGGACAUCUAGUUUGUUUCAACUUUUUUGCUGUUGUGAAAAAUGCUGAUGUGAACAUUCGUGUACAAGGUUUUGUGUGGACUUUUUGUUUGUGUGGACUUUUGUUUUUGUUUCUCUUGGGCAUAUACCUGCAAGUGGAAUUGCUGGAUGGUGUGGUAAACCUAGAUCUCAUUAAUCUUGGAUAGCUUUUUAAAGACAUUUUGAGAAACAGCCUAAUUGUUUUCCAAGGUAUUCAUACCAUUUUACCUUCCAACAAACAAUGUAAAAUGGUUCUGCUUUCUCUACAUCUUUGGCAGCACUUAAACUGUUGUUUUUUUUAAAUUAUGAUUAUCCUAGUGAGUGUACAGUAGUAUUAUUGUAUUAUUGAUUUGCAUUUCCAUAGUGAUUAAUGGUAUUGAGCAUCUUUUCAUUUGUCUGUAGGCCAUUUGUAUAUGCUUAACCCUUGAACAGUGCAGGGUUUAGGGACUCCACUCCCACACAGUAGAAAAUCUGCAUAUAACUUUACAGUUGCCUUGCCCUCUGUGUACAUGGUUCCACAUCUGUGCAUUCAACCAACUGCAGUUCCUAAGGUACUGUAAUAUAUAUUUAUUGAAAAAAAUCUAAGUUGUAGGAGGUGUUUAUAUAUUCUGGAUAACGAUCCCUUAUCAGAAAAAUAAUUUGCAAGUAUUUUCCUCCAUUCUGUUGCUUGUCUUUUUCACAUUCUUGAUAGUGUCAUUUCUAACACAUGUAUCCAAUUUAUUAAUAUUUUCCUUUUGUAACAUUUGCUUUGGUGUAUCUAAGAAAGCAUUGCCUGAUACAAAGUCAUGAAGAUGUAUUCCUGUAUUCUUCUAGGAGGGUUUUUUUUGGGUUUUUUAUUUUGUUUUUUUAAAUAGUUUUAGCUCUUACAUUUUGGUCUGUGAUUCAUUUUCAGUUAAUUUUGGUUUGUAGUGUUAAAAAGGGGGAUGGACGUCAUUUUUUUUGCAUGUGCUUAUAUGGUUGUCCCAGGACUAUUUGUUGAAAAGGCUCUUCUUCCCCUCAUCAAAUUAUCUUGACACUCUUGUUGAAAAAUCAGUCAACCAUAAAUAUAAUGUUUAUUUCUGAACUCUUUAUUCUAUUCCAUAACCUGUAUGUCUUUAUGCCAGUACCACAUUGUCUUGAUUACUGUAUCUUUGUAAGUUUUGAAUUCAGGAAGUAUGAGUCUUCCCAACUUUGUUCCUCUUUUUCAAGAUUGUUUUGGUUAUUCUCUGUCCCUUGCAUUUCUAUUUAAAUUUUAGGAUCAGCUGGUCAAUUUCUGCAAAAAAGAAGCUGGGAUUUGACAAGUAUUUUAUGAAUCUGUAGGUCAAUUUGGGGAAUAAGGCCAUCUUCACAAUAUUAAUUCUUCUAUAAUAUUUUUAUAUUUUAUUGGCUGCUUUGGGUCUUUGUUGCUGUACAUGGGCUUUCUCUAGUUGCUGCAAGGUGGGGCUAUUCAUUGUGGUGCAUGGGCUCCUCAUUGCAGUGGUUUCUCUUGUUGCCGAGCACAGGCUCUAGGCAGCGUGGCCUUCAGUAGUUGCAGCACAUGGGCUCAGUAGUUGUGGCUCACAGGCUCUAGAGCAUAGGCUCAGUAGUUGUGGCAUGUGAGGUUUUCCCGGCAUGUGAGAUUUUCCCGGAGCAGCGCUCGAACCCAUGUCCCCUGCAUUGGCAGGUGGAUUCUUAACCGCUGCACCACCUAGCAAGUCCCAAGCCAGCUCUCUUUUAAAUGCAACUAGAUGUCCCAAAUAAUAUCCAACUUGAAGAUUUUUUAUUAAAUUCCAACAUAAAAUUUCUUACAUUGGCAGUAUUACACUCACACAUAGUUAUAUGGGUACGAAAACAGCUAAAAUGCCAGAGUGAGUUAAUGACAUUUUCAUAAUACUGAAAGGGUUUAAAUGCCUUUUUAACAUUGUACUGGAAUUUUGGUGUAAUUUGUUGAAGCUUGGUGAUCUUUCUUAGUAACAAAUGGACAUUUUGACCUACUCCAUUUUAUUCUUUGUUGGGGGGCUAUUUUUCCUUAUAUCUACAUUUUUACUUCACUUUUCCUGUUCUGGGAUCCUCUUUCUGUGAGUCUUUGCUGAAGUUAUACCAUUACCACUUUUCCUGAACUAUAGCUGUAGGCCAGUGAGUUCCAAAUUCUGAGCUGCGGUACCUAGAAUUAGCUGGAUAUUUAUUAAAUGAAGCAUCUUCAAGGCACAGAAAAUAGUUAAUCCUAGUCUUAUCUAGGGGACGAGGGAGUGUUGGAGCAGUUAAGGAACAAGAGAGAUAUGGCCUCACCAGGCUGUAGGACCUAAAGAGGAAACCUGAGAACAGACUAAAACAAGCUUGUUGCUAAUGUAUUAGCAAAUAGAAAGCGGACUUGGAGGUGUUUUCUUUGCUUCUGUUAGGGCUUUUUUGGAUUAGGAGAUUUAAAGUUGAAAAGUAAUAAAACAGCUAUGGCUAGUUCUUAAAUACAAAUGUAUACACAAAGUGUAUGCAGAAAAUUCAUUACUAAAAGAAUAAAGACUAGGUAUGGUUUAUUUGAAACUGAUUGUGAUAUAGGCAUUUUCAGUGACUUAGAAAUCACCCAAGCUUUUUAUUAAUGCAAACUGACCUUGCCUCCAACUAUCAAGGUUGAAGCCAGCAAUGGAGAGUGAAGAAUGUCAGCAGUGAGGGCAUCAUGAGCAGAAGGGGGAGACAGCGGCCAGGAAUGGGCAGGAGGAGAAAGAUGGAGAAGGAAGGGAGUCAGAUCAAGAGGUAGGAAUGGAAACAUACAAAGGAAUAGAAAAAGAGAAGGGUGUAAAAACAAUUGGAGGGAGAAGGGAAGAGGUAAUGAUUGAAGUAAAAUCAAUUGUCUCAUUUCAGUGUUUGAAUCUGCUUAUUAGUUAGAACUACAAUGAACCCUUUAAAGAAUUGAGUUUAACCGUGGAAGGAAGAAGUUGAGCAAGAAAGAAGGGAAUUUUGAAGUGUGUUAAAUCACUUUAAAUUUAAGAUCAACAGUAAAACUAUACAACUGUUGUUUCAUUUUGCAACAUAAUAAUAUUUGAGUCAUAUUACUGUGGGGCACUAUUCUAAGUGCUUUACCUAUAUUGAUUCAUUUAAUCCUCACCACAACUUUAUAAGCAGAUACUAUUUCUCCCAUUUUACAGAUGCGGAAACUGAGCCACAAAGAGAAUAAGUAAUUUGCCUAGGCUAGUCAGAUAACAGAGCCAGGAUUCCGCUGAGGCAGUCUGACUACUGUGCUACAGCUGGCUUCAUCACCUCUACCUUCCCCUCUCCAUCAUUUGUAUGGUAUAUUUCUAUAGAAAUUUGUCAUUUUGAGAAUAUAAUAUCCCCUUGAAAUAGUUGUACAUCUGCUAGCGUGACAAACUCUGGACACUAUUUAAAGAUCAGGUUUCCUUCUCUUUAGUUAUAGUAACUUGAGAAAGUUUAUUAAACUUGGUACCAGAACACAAAAGAUGGAUAGUGCUUGGUCCCUGUCCCUACUGAACUAAAUCUCAGUUUGUAAUUGGUCAUUUGAACCAACCAGGUGUCUGCUCCAAUAUUGAUAUGAAUUCUUUGACUUUGAACCAAGUUUGCUAAUGAAUGUUUGUUGCCUUCAAAAGUAUGCUCACCUUUAAAAACCACAGACCAACUAGAAAUAUUGUCAUUAAUUAAAACUUUUGGAGUUAUUUUUGUUUUAAUAAGCCACACAACAAAAUCAACUUUUCAUACAAAAAGUAGUAGUAUCUAGUUUGUUUACCUUCCUUUGUCAUCCUUAAAAUUAAAGCCUCACAUAGAUGUUCACAAAGUAUUUAUCUAAAAAGAUGUUUUGUUUUGUUUUGUUUUUACAGCUCUGAUGAAGUAAGAUGUUUGCAGGCAGUAGAGGAGGAAAUGUGAAUGGAGUUAGUGGAUUUCUCCAGGAACUUUGGAAGAGUGUUGGGUAUUAGUGUUGCACUGGAGGAGGAUGAGAAUUGAGCCCUAUUUAGAGGGAGAACAGAAAGACUUCUGUGAGGAUUGUGGAUAAUAUCACCUACUGCAUUAUUUUUGGCUGCAAAAGUAGAAGAACAGGCUCGAAAACUUGAACAUGUUAUCAAAGUAGCACAUGCUUGUCUUCAUCCCCUAGAGCCACUGCUGGAUACUAAAUGUGAUGCUUACCUUCAGCAGACUCAAGAACUGGUUUUACUUGAAACCAUAAUGCUACAAACCCUAGGUUUUGAGAUCACCAUUGAACAUCCACACACAGAUGUGGUGAAAUGUACCCAGUUAGUAAGAGCAAGCAAGGAUUUGGCACAGACAUCCUAUUUCAUGGCUACCAACAGUCUGCAUCUUACAACCUUCUGUCUUCAGUAUAAACCAACAGUGAUAGCAUGUGUAUGCAUUCAUUUGGCUUGCAAAUGGUCCAAUUGGGAGAUUCCCGUGUCAACUGAUGGAAAACAUUGGUGGGAAUAUGUGGAUCCUACAGUUACUCUGGAAUUACUAGAUGAGCUAACACAUGAGUUUCUACAAAUACUGGAGAAAACGCCUAGUAGGUUGAAGAAGAUUCGAAACUGGAGGGCUAAUCAGGCGGCUAAGAAACCAAAGGUAGAUGGACAAGUAUCAGAAACACCACUUCUUGGUUCAUCUUUGGUUCAGAAUUCCAUUUUAGUAGAUAGUGUUACUGGUGUGCCUACCAACCCAAGUUUUCAGAAACCAUCUACAUCAGCAUUCCCUGCACCAGUUCCUCUAAAUUCAGGAAAUAUUUCUGUGCAAGACAGUCAUGCAUCUGAUAAUUUGUCAAUGCUAGCAACAGGAAUGCCAAGUACCUCAUAUGGUUUGUCAUCACACCAAGAAUGGCCUCAACAUCAAGAGUCGUCAAGGACAGAACAGAUAUAUUCCCAGAAACAGGAGACGUCUUUGUCUAGUAGCCAGUACAGCAUCAACUUCCAGCAGGGACCGUCUGUAUCACUGCAUUCAGGAUUACAUCACAGACCUGACAAAAUUUCUGAUCAUUCUUCUAUUAAGCAAGAUUAUACUCAUAAAGCAGGGAGCAGUAAACACCAUGGGCCAAUUUCUGCUACUCCUGGAGUAAUUCCUCAGAAAAUGUCUUUAGAUAAAUAUAGAGAAAAACGUAAGCUAGAAACCCUUGAUCUGGAUGCAAGGGAUCAUUAUAUAGCUGCCCAGGUAGAACAGCAACACAAACAUGUACAGUCCCAGGCAGCCAGCAGCAGUUCUGUAACUUCUCCCAUUAAAAUGAAAAUUCCCAUUACAAAUGCUGAAAAACCUGAAAAAUACAUGGCAGAUAAGAAGGAAAAGAGUGGAUCGCUGAAAUUACGGAUUCCAAUACCACCCACUGACAAAAGUGUCAGUAAAGAAGAAUUGAAAAUGAAGAUAAAAGUUUCUUCCUCAGAAAGACACAGCUCUUCUGAUGAAGGCAGUGGCAAGAGCAAGCAUUCAAGCCCACAUAUUAGCAGAGACCACAAGGAGAAGCACAAGGAGCAUCCUUCCAACCGCCACCACCCCAGCAGUCACAAGCAUUCCCACUCAUAUAGUGGCAGCAGCAGUGGUGGCAGUAAACACAGUGCUGAUGGAAUACCACCCACUGUUCUGAGGAGUCCAGUUGGCCUGAGCAGUGAUGGCAUUUCCUCUAGUUCCAGCUCUUCAAGGAAGAAGCUGCAUAUCAAUGAUGCAUCUCACAACCAUCACUCCAAAAUGAGCAAAAGUUCCAAAAGUUCAGGUAGUUCAUCUAGUUCUUCCUCCUCUGUUAAGCAGUAUAUAUCCUCUCACAACUCUGUUUUUAACCAUCCCUUACCCCCUCCUCCCCCUGUCACAUACCAGGUGGGCUACGGACAUCUCAGCACCCUCGUGAAACUGGACAAGAAGCCAGUGGAGACCAACGGUCCUGAUGUGAAUCACGAGUACAGUACAAACAGCCAGCAUAUGGACUACAAAGACACAUUCGACAUGCUGGACUCGCUGUUAAGUGCCCAAGGGAUGAACAUGUAAUCAUUUGUUUAGGUCAAUUUUUCCUUUACUUUUUUUAAUUUAAAAAUGGUUAGAAUGGAAAACUUCCUCCUGAUCUAGCAGUGGUAACACCUGCUGUUACUGCCACUGCUUCAAUAUUUGUAAGUGCUGCUUUAUUCUUCAUUCUGAAAAGAAGAGAUUAUAGUAAACGAGUCUUUAUCUCCACAUAUGAUAGUGUUAUAAAUACUGUAAAAGCAUGGAAGGUGCAAAACUCAGUAUUUCUACAAUUGCAGCUAAGAACAUUAGGGUGAAUGGCUGGCUGCUUCUAGGAAUAUAAGAUGCCUCAAGCAUUCAUUUAUUUAUAAUUUGAAUACUGUAGCUAUUUUUUGUUGUUGCUUGGCUUUUGAAUGAGUGUAAAUUGUUUUCUUUUGUGUAUUUAUACUUGUGUGUAUGAUUUGCAUGUUUCAAUGAAAAAGGGAUAAAACAGUAUACUGACAACUGUUUACAAGAAAGUGGAGAAAAAUGUACAUACAUUUUUGUAUGUUUAGAUAUUACCAUAAAUACUCAGGAUUGGAGCUGCUUGUAAGUAUAACAAUAUACAGAAUAACUUUAUUUUAUCUUGUCAGAGUCCAUCACUAAUCUAAAACAAAGGUGGCACUUUUUCAUGUUAACCUUAAACUCUAGGCCUUACUGGAAGCCACUGAAGGGGGACACUUCACUACCAGAUGGGUAUGCAGUGCCACAGAUGGUCAUUUACACUGUGAGGCACUGAUUCUGCCUUCAGAGGUUCUGACCAGAUUGGCUGCUGAAAUAGCCCCUAAUUUCCUGAAGGCUAGAAGAGGAAAAAAUAAAGUUUACAUACUCUUGAUGUGAAGUGCAUUUAAGUGUUUGUUGGCUUGUUGCAGUACUAUAAACACAAAGCUGUUAAUAAUGGUUAUGUAGAUUACUGUGAUUUGAAAACUAAAUUCACAAAAACUUACAUUAGUGAAGAAUUAGUAAGUUUUUUUCUUAAAUAAACUUUAACACUACAUAUUUUAACAGUAAACAGGAAUUGCUUUUCCUUUAGCAUUCAGAAUGACACCAUGUUCUUAAACAUAUUCCUCCCCUGAAGUGUGUUUGUGUGUGAUGCCAUAUUUCUUUUUCAGGUAAAUGCAGUCUUCCUUAUAAAAAUGAAAUUAAACCUAUUGCUCUCUCACUUCUUUUAUAUUCUAACAAUAAAUAAAACGAACAGAUCACUGACUGUGCACUGUACCUGUAUUUAUAGCUUAUGGUUGUUAAUAGGAAGCUCUCUGAGAAAAAAAAAAGGUAAGCCUCCAGGUAAACAGCUAGUGGAGGUUUUACAUUUGUUUGCACAUCUCAGUAUAUUCCUGUUGAGGUCAAGUUUGCACAGUCUUCUGACUUCUGAACAAAUGAUAGAAUUUAACUUGUUUAAAAUUUGUCUUAAAUGCCAGUAAUGUGGCUCUGGUUUAUCAGCUAAUCUUCAAUUCUGUGGUAAAUCUUUGAGCUGUUGAGUAUCUUUGAGGUGGGUUGAAUUCAACUUCUGUUGAACUGAAAACUGUCUUAAUUUUCCCUCUAUGUAUAUGAACUAUUUUUGUUACAAAGCCACUGAUAUGUGCACAAUUGUAAUUUUACUCAAGUAUGUUGCGGUUGUAAAUAUUAGAGAGUUUAAUCUCGUGCUCUACUUUUAUUUAGCAAUUACCUGAUUUGCCAGUAGCUUUAUAAUUUUUUUUAAGAUAAUUGUUCAUUAUUUUGUCAAUGUUAUUUGAACUUAGGAUACUAGGAGCCUCUUUCUAGGGACUUUGCCUAGCUAGCAUGUCCUAACUUUGUUCUUGUCUUGCAUAACUUUAGUAAUCUUUGUCAUUACAUGUAACUUUGUUGCUCUGUAUGGCAUAUUAUUGUAUCCAUAAACAUGGUAAUUUUGAUACAGUUAUACUUUUACAGUGGUACAUAAUCCAAGAACUAGUAUAGAAUUAAGAUGAGUGCAAGAUGAGGGAGGGAAGGGUUUUGUUCUUGGUAAUUUAGAUGUGAAACCUCUAAGGAGCUAUCAUGUGAAAUGACAUGGGGUGGUUGUGCUACUGUAUAAUUGGGGAUAAUACCAGGAAUUUUAAUAAGAUUUUGUAAAGAAUAUCCAGAAAAGUAGUGAACUUAUUUUCAGUAUGACAUAGAAAACAAUGUGAAUAUUUAAGGUCUGUGACUAUACUUAAACUUCACUAAGAAUUUGCAGAAUUGUUUUGAGAUGUGAGAAUAAAGGUAAUUUUGUUGAAUCUUUAUUGGUGCUAAUGAUGGACAGUUAAAAAGGUAGCUAGUGUAUAUUGUUAUGGGUCAGUACUUAUUAGUACUUCCAAAAUUGAAUUUGAAAUGCUAUGUAUUCACUUUUCACUCUGUAAAUGUAAUUCUUUACAAUGACUUUAUUUAUUAAAGGGCAGCCAGUUGUAAUUUUUACAGGAUUGUGUGAGCUAUUCAAACUCUUUAACCUCUGAACAGGAUAUUAGCUUUCAAAAUCACAAUGGGGAUAAAAUAUGGAAAUUCUUUUAAGUUUCAUUUCCAUUAAAUGAGAACCCUUAUAAUUCAUAUUGCCAUGACUUUAACCAUCUCAUUUGCAUAAAGUAGUUCAUCAGCCUGGUCCCAAUAGGCUCAACCAAAGAAAAAGACUCCAAUGAAUGGACAUUAUUACUGAGUCUUCUUGUAAGUAGCCAUAAAUAAACCAAAAUAGUAUCAAAUUUAGGUAUGAAAUUCCACAUGUGCAAAGUACUGUUAAGGUGACACAUUUUUGAUGAGAUUUUAAAAAAUAUUUGAACUAUUAAAAAGCAUUAUCUUUAAACAUCCUAUAAAAGAGUGAUUCAUUUUUUAGUUGUGUUUUCCCUAGAUCAAAGAUCAUGGAUUUGUUACCUUUAUGCAGAAGCACAUUACAUAGAAAGGCUUUACUUCUACCUCUUUAAACUAAUUUUUCAUUAUUGAGCUGUGCCCCCUAAAUAUUUGCCUUAUCUAUUUUAAAAUACAAUAUUUUCAGAACCAAAGCAAAGAGUGGUUAUUUUCACAGAAACAUUCUCAGAGGCUUACUUUACCAAAAAAACUAGUGGUGGUAUCCUUUAGUGGUAAGACCUUGCAAAAUGUCCUAGUUCCUUUUUCUUGUUUAACCCUGAGGUUCAUUUUUUGUGGCAGGUAUUUAAUUAAUGAAAAGUUGUAUAGCCACCCUGAGGUUUAUCUUUGAAAACAGUUACAAGUGCAUCUUGAUCUUCCUUUGUGUAUGCAGAUUCAUUCUCGUUAGAGUUCUUAAGAGUCAAAGAAAAUUUCUACCAUGAUACAUGUUUUCAUGCAGAAUGUCAUAAGGGUUGCUUACAUUACUUUGUGCGAACAGAUUACAUAGGAUAUGUUACUUUUCUGGCCUGUCUAUCCUCUUUGAACUAAAGAAAUGACUAGUUGAGGUCUAUUUCAGGUAACAAAAUUUGAAAUGUUUUUGUUAGUUACCAAAUGUCUUGCCUUAAAAAAGCAUUUUAAGCACAUUUUUGGUUAUAUUUGAGAGUUUAAAUUACUGAUUUUUAUUCCUUAACUACUCUUAGAAAUAAACCACUGCUUAUAUAUUCAUGGCUAUUAUGUAUUCUCUCAGUACCCUUGGUUGAUGAGAUAUUUUAGGGUUUUGUGUUUACUAUGGAAAUAAGGAUUUUUAAAAAUAUGGUAAUAUCUCUAAAGGAAGACAGUUCUACUGUCAAGAUAAUUUCAUCAUUCCCAAAUUUUAUCUAAACGAAAAAGCAAUUUAGCUAGGUGAUUUUUAAGAUGUCUUUGCUGAGAAAAAUGAGAGCUUUUGUUGUGAAGAAUUCUUGAUUCAGCAGUCUCUGCUUUCUUGGGAGGCAGUAGGAAUCACUAACCACAUUUACCCAGAUGAAGGAUCAGUAAAUUGUAGACAUGAGGGAAACUUGGUGACACAUGCUAAUCUCACAGACCAGUUUGUUUAUGAUAGGCUGACUUAGGGGGUUUUGCAUCGGAAAAGCAGCACAUUCUGUCCCUACCCUUCUAGGAUGCCAAGUUAUGGUACCAGUGUGUUAAUUUGAGAAUUCACAGCUAUAUUAAUAUCUGAAAUUUGAUUGCUGUAAGCUGACGCGUGUAAGCCAAACAAUCAGAAGUUUGCUUGUUUUGUAAGAGAAGUUUGCCUCUGAAACAUCUGUCUUUACAGUAGAGAUGAUCUUGCCAGUGGGUCUGGAAUGCUCCAAGUGUUUUAGGUCUGAUACUAUGCAUCCAUUUUUUAUCCCACAAUGUUAAUUAGGGCACAGCCAGCUUUUGCUUCUAUGACUCCUCUUUUUCUAUUAAUUUACUAGUAUGUAUUCUGCCUGAAGUUUCUUAAGGUAGCUUGAUAAGCAAGAUACAUUGAAGGUUGUUUGGCUAGGAGUAAUUCUGGUCUCAUAAAAGUGACUUAACCUGUUUGCUGUGAUUCAUUAAUCUCUAAAGUAAAUUCUGAGGGCUAAUUUCAUUUAUUUCUAAGUUUUGGGAAGAAGCCUCAUUUAAAGCCUGUUUAGUGGUUGGUUUUACUUUAUUUGCCUAUCGUUAAAUAAUGAGUACAUUUUUUUUUUAAGUUGUGUUUUUCAAGCAGCUUCACUUAGUUUGAAAAACUUCACAUGUGCUCAUUUGUUGUCAGCAAUAAUUGGGAUUUCAUCUUGUGAAUGUACUCAAAACCCCCGAGGACUAUUGAACAGGAUGUUUGCUGAUAGAAAAUCUAAAACAGGAGUUUGUCUAUAUG